UUUUAUCUUCCUCUUUUGUCAUUCCUUCAGAUUUCAUUUAUGCUGCAUUAGGUGUACAAUGACGGGAAACAUUAUUUUUCCUCCCAUCUUUCUUUAAAUUGUUUCGAUCUUGAUCUUGUAUUUAUUCCUGAAAUUAAGAUCACCAAAUGACUCGUUUCAAGUUAUUUUGCCUCUUAUAACAUUCUUUUCUUGUUGUCUUUUCCAUCCCCAAGGCUUAUCCUUCUUGGGUUUUCCACCAUUUUUGUAUUUUCCUGUGUAUAGUAUCUUCCUUUACUAGGAUUCUUUGACCCAAGUCACACUCUUUUUCCCUCUUCCUCAAUUUUUUUAAUACAAAUUCAUAACCCAACAAAAAAAAAAUUGUUUAUUUUAUUUAAAAUUGGUGUUCUUUUCCCUUUUUUUUUUUGUUACCCAUACCCCAUAUACACAACAUUUAAGGGGUUGGGGGACCUCUAAAUUCAAAAAAGUUGAGAUUUUUGGAAUUGGGUUGUCAUUUAUAUAGCUUAUAUCCCAUUUUUUUUGGGUAUUGUGUUGUUAUUGAUAUAACCUUAUUUCCCAUAUUUUUUUUGGGUGUUUUAUGUUUUUGGCAAGUUAGGUGGGUUUAAGCUCUAAAUCAUGGGUUUUGAUGAAGAAAGUCAAAAAGAGUGUAGUGAUUCAACUGAAGUUUUGAAUGUAAAAGAUAAUGAAGAGAAUGGUAAUGAACCCAAUAAGGAGAAAUUAACUAGGAAUAUGAGUGAAGAUUCUGUUCUUACUAUUGAUGAAGAAGAAGAUGAUGAUGGUGAUAUUAAGAUUGAUGUGGGCCCUCAAUAUUCUUUGAAAGAUCAAUUAGAGAAAGACAAGGAUGAUGAAAGUUUGAGGAAAUGGAAGGAACAGCUUCUUGGUAGUGUAGAUCUUAAUGCCAUUGGAGAAUCUCUUGAGCCAGAGGUGAAAAUUUUAAGCCUUGCUAUUAAAUCCCCUGGUAGAGAUGAUAUAUUACUUCAGAUUCCAGAAAAUGGAGAGGUUAAGGGCAACUGGUUUACCCUUAAAGAAGGUUGCCCUUAUAGCCUCCAGUUCACUUUUCAGGUCAACAAUAAUAUAGUUUCAGGUCUUAAAUACAGCAAUACAGUCUGGAAAACUGGUGUUAAAGUUGAUAGCACAAAAGAAAUGCUUGGAACUUAUAGCCCUCAAGCGGAGCCAUACACUCAUGAAUUGCCAGAGGACACCACCCCAUCAGGCAUUUUUGCUAGAGGAUCAUAUACAGCUAGGACUAGGUUUGUUGAUGAUGAUAACAAGCGCUAUUUGGAAAUAAACUACACAUUCGACAUCAGAAAGGACUGGUAAUUCGGCAUCUAAACAACGUUUUAUCAUUCAAAUCCUUCGAGGAGGCAAUUGCUCGAGCAACAUUGUAUCGAUUAGAUCGUUCGAGUUUGAUAUGUUCAAUUGUAGUCUUUUUAAAUCUCAAGUUAUGUUUUCAUGUAUGAUUUUAAGGAUCUCUCGUCUUUACUCGUAAUUUAUGUUGAGACGUUCAUCAAAAUAUCAUUAGAACUAUUAUGGUUCUUUGUGUGUUUAA